AUGGCUGGCUGGAAGCACGCGUUCUCCAUCUCAACGGAAGAAAUUGAGGCGGCAACACCGCCUGGAACUGUGGUAUUUGCUGGUGAUCAUGACACCGAAUUUAUUGAGACACCACAUGGGCCCGCCCGAUUUCCGAAACCAUCAGAAGAUCCCGCCGACCCUCUCAACUGGCCUCCGUGGCGCAAACAUGUACUCCUUCUUGUUGUAUCUCUUUAUUCCUUCGUUGCCAAUUUCUCAGCUUCAAACAUUGCUCCUGCUCUCCAGAUGUGGCCCAUGUUUUUCCCACAUGACAUCAGGCCAUUUACGGAAUUAAGCAGGCUCAUCGCAGUGACCGUGCUGAUGAUUGGUGCCGCCAACAUCUGGUGGGUGCCGCUCUCCAACAUUCUGGGACGUCGCCCGGUUCUCGUUGCGGCCACACUGAUUCUCACACUCUGCGGCAUGUGGUGCGGCCUUGCCACGAACUACGACUCCCUGCUCGCGGCACGGAUUUUCCAAGGAAUAGGAGCAGCAGCAGCGGAUACUGUUGCUCCAGCUGUCGUUGGUGACGUGUAUUUUGUAGAUGAGCGAGGCCGAGCAAUGGCUGUCUACACAAUAUUCCUUGCCGCCGGAUCUCUUGUCGGUGGCCUGGUGGGCGGAAAUAUUGCAGGGCAGCUAGGCUGGGCUUAUAUAUUUUGGAUCGACGUUGCGUUGGGGGCGGCGUGCGUGAUUGGCACCUUCUUCCUCGUUCCAGAAACUUUGUACGAAAGAAAAUUUUCGUCCGAGGUCACCAACGAUACAGCUUUAGCCACUUCGACCACUUCGAAAGAAUCAGGGCCACAAGUCAGCCAUGCACCGUACACUUUCGGAAGAUCUAUUCUUUUCACGAAGCCACGUGGAGGUGCCAUAUACCACUUCACGAGUCCGUGGCGUGUACUUGCACUCCCCGGUACGUGGGUCGUGACUCUCCAAUACGGAGGAUUGGUUGGAGGCAUCGUUACCAUCUCAACGAUUGGUCCACAGCUGCUCGCCAUGCCACCUUAUCUCUGGGGCAACAAUGCUGGGUUGAUUAAUGUUGGUGGCUUGAUUGGAACCGUCUUGGGUGCUGUGUACACGUAUUUCGUGUCUGACGCCCGUGUCAAAAGCUCGGUAAAGAAUCAACGCCAAAGGCACCGUUUCUUGGAACCAGAGGCCAGAUUACCUACGAUAUUUCCCUCCUUAGCCAUCGCAACCGCUGGUUUUCUUGUCUUUGGAUUUUGCGCACAGAACCCGGGCCCAAACGUCUGGGUAGGUUUGGAGUUCGGACACGGGAUGAUUGCGUUUGGCUUGAUGCAAGCGCCUUCGAUAGGCUUCAAUUAUUUGAUCGAUGCAUACUCGUAUCUAGCGGCGGAUUGCUUCGUGAUUGCCGCGAUUCUGCGCGCUGUUGUAGGAUUCGCCUGGUCCUUCUUCGUCGCAGAGUGGACCCAAGAACGUGGAGCCGCCGAACCGUUUGGAAUUUUUGCUCUGUUAAUGGGACUCUUCUCAUUGCUGACUGUUCCUUUGUGGAUAUACGGAAAACGGAUGAGAGUUGCGACGGCCAAACGGUUUGGUGCAGUGAAAGUCGCAUGCUAA